UAUAAAAGGCAACAUGGGGCAUUUGUGAGUCUUUUCUUGACUGUUUUGCAACAUUCCCAUUUCGACUGCCGCUGAAACUUUUGAAGGCAUUAGCAAGACUUGAGGUUUUUAAUCCCGGGCUCCACCAGAUGGUAUUUUGCAAAGAUCACAGCCUGACAAGCGGUCGGCUCUUUUGCUUUGCUUUGGUUUUUACUUGCUGUUGCACGUCGGACGAGAUACGUUUUCUUUCCUGGGCCCCCGGGAGCCAUUAGUAGGAGUAGUUAAGGAGGCCGAAUACUGAGAUUUGGAGGCCGUCCGUACUCAUUUGCAGUCAAACGGAGAAUAACUGGUGUCAGUAACUCUUUCAGCAUCAAACAGAUUUUCAUACAGGCAACAUUAGCGUUUUGUUUUGAUAACAAAAAGGGGAGCGAGUUCAAUGAAAACCUCCCAAAAAUACUGCAAAUGGCGACCGACUGAACGUUUUUGACAGUAAAUCAACUUUCCCAAAAUUUCAAUACGCACCGCGCUCGAUCGGAGUUCCGAGUAGACGAAAGCGCACGGCGUGAACAAAUCCAUCCGCUGCAUCAAUAUUUAGAGUCACAUGAGACCUGCACGUUGGCCACAAUUUGUUUGUCAGGUGGUACUUGUUGUACUCAAUGCUGUGUUUGCACAUUUUAUGGUACAUACGUGUACCGUUGAACUUUGCUCCUGUGCAAAUUCUCAGACAGAUUGCAUCAAUUCGACCGCAUUUUACUGUCACCUGCAAGGGAGGGGGGCGGGGGGGGGGGGGUUCCCCAUACCAGUAUCAUAGGACGUAACAAAAACACGGACAUAUUGAGAAGGAAUUUCCUAUUGCAUCAAUGGAAAUGAUGUCGACGGAUCUGCCUGGACUGCAAAUUAGGAAAAUCCGCGGAUAAUUCAUUGAAAGACGUUUUUAUGAUUGCAUUGAGGGAGGGUGUCACUUACUUGAUAAAUCGGGGCAUGGGGAGAGAAAACAUUCCACAAAAUAUACAGACGAUUAGUUUGAAAACUUGAAAGAAAAAAAAAAUCCAUUUUGUUAUGAAAAACAAAACAUUCAAAUGAUACAAAAACAAUAUUGUUACUUUUGUUACUAGAAAACACUUCACGAAAUAAACAGCAGAGGGAGCUCGACAAAUGCGUAACAAAAUAAGCGGAAGUUUGGCGUUCGAGACUUUCACAAUACUACUUUCCCCCCCCCCCCCCAUGUCAAGGAAAUUAAUGGAAACAUGCGGCUCCAUAUUGGUUUGAGUUAAUAUAAUGUGACGAAAUACGAACGCCCGUCCAAUGAAAGUCCAUUCCAAGAGUAGACGGGCGUUGUCGCUCAGUACCUGGAAGAUGGAGCAAAGUGUGGGACCACAUUGAAGAUAUAACGCAGCAUCCUCCAGUCUUGUUCGGAUGAGCGGCGGCGUCCUCCCUUUGACUCGGAAGACAAUAGGCCGGUGUGAGGAGGGGGGCGGAAGAUGUCGCAAACCAGGUCGGGUGCGCGCUAGCAUGCCGCACGUUAGCAACUGGAGCUAGCCGGCAAGUUAGCUACGGGGCUAGCUAGCUAGCUAGCCAGCCAGCCAGCCAGCAUCAGCAAGUCGCCGGGUCGACGUCAGCCGCGGAGUGGAAGAGCUCCAUCGGAGGUAUGCAAAUACUCAAUCGAUACCAUAUCUACCGCCGGUGAUUUCAGCACCGUGUCAUUGCAGAAAUGAAAAAGGAAAUAAAAAUCACUUUCCUCCGUUUUACAUCGCUAAGUGAGUCUCCAAGCGGCCUACUAGAAAUCGACGUUUUCUGCACAAGAAGUCCACUACCUGCUGCUGCUGCUGCUGGUUUAUGUUAGCCGAUCAAGUCCAAACUAGUGCAGGUUUAACCUAACCCUUUCUCACUUUAACGCGUUCAAGAAAUGUGCCGAGUACGCCGUUACAGUAUGGCGAAGGUUCCAACGGCGCCAUCUUGUGUGUCACAGGGGUCAGAGAACACAGGUGCCUGACGGGAAGCCAAAGCCGCUGUGGCAAUUUUGGACACGAUGGCGCCUCACGCUGCGGUUCAGGCCGUCAUCGACCUCUCUGCGGGCGCCAUAGGGGGCGCCGCGUGCGUCUUGAGUGGACAACCGCUGGACACGGCCAAGGUGAAGAUGCAGACCUUCCCCGCGCUCUACCGGGGCUUCGUGCACUGCAUCACGUCUACCUACAAACAAGUCGGCAUUCGGGGCCUCUACCGGGGAACCUCGCCGGCUCUGAUGGCCAACAUCGCCGAGAACUCGGUGCUCUUCAUGAGCUACGGCUUCUGCCAGCAGCUCAUCCGCGUCGCGGCGGGAACGCGCGCCGACGCCGCGCUCAGUGACGUGCAGAAAGCGUGCGCCGGCUCGGCGGCGUCCGUCUUCUCUUCGCUGGUUCUCUGCCCGACGGAGCUGGUCAAGUGUCGUCUGCAAGCCAUGUACGAAAUGGAGGCCACGGGCAAGAUUGCGAGGAGUCAGAACUCGGUGCGGUCCGUGGUCAAGUCCAUCAUGAAGAGCGAAGGUCCCCGAGGCUUCUUCCAGGGCCUGAGCACCACCGUCGCCAGAGAGGUCCCCGGCUACUUCUGCUUCUUUGGCGCCUACGAGCUGUGCCGCAGCGCCUUCGCCGAAUACAUGAAGUGUGGAAAAGACGACAUAGGCGUGGCGCCCGUUGUUUUCAGCGGGGGCUUCGGAGGGGCUUGUCUCUGGCUGGCGGUCUACCCCAUGGACUGCGUCAAGUCUCGGAUUCAGGUCAUGUCCAUGACGGGCAGACAGGGCGGCUUUUUGAAAACCUUUUGGCUCAUCGCACGCAGCGAAGGUGUCGGCGCGCUCUACUCCGGUCUCACCCCCACCAUGGUGCGCACCUUCCCUGCUAACGGCGCACUUUUCCUGGGCUACGAGGUCAGCCGCAAGGUCAUGAUGAAGCGGUUCGACGGCUGACUCGCACGAGCGAGGGAGGAGCGGCCGCGCCGACGCAUUCGGGCCGCCAACUCCCGCCGGUGUGGCGUUCGAGGACGUGCCGCGUUUGAGUUUAUUCGUCAAGAAAAUCGCCGGGUUGCGGACCCUUGUGGACGCGCUUUUCGCUCAGCUCCCGCAGCUGCUCCGGAUUCUCCGGAGCCGAAGCGCGGACGGCUUGUGGCCCGCUUCCGUCCUGCUGCAACUUUACGCCUCGUCUGGACCGGUCCUGUUCGCCGUGGCGCACGACUUCCCGCUUUUGAAUUUCGUUUGUGUCGGUUGACGGGGUUUUCGGUGGUCCUGCUGGGCUCUCGCGAGUCAUCUCAGCCGUGGGCUCUUCCAGUUUGCCAGCAACAAUUUUGAGCAAGGCAGGAAGGAACUUUCACACGGGCCACAGCUGUCCGCCACGUCCGUUUUGCCGUCCUGCGCAGCCUCUCUGGGCCUUGCCUUCACUUCGCUACAGACAUGUUUUGGGGGUUUUUUUUUUUAGGGGGGGCGGGGGCACUAAUUGUGUUUGCUGAACUUUGCUCUUUGCAGGACUCGGGCAAGCCUCUGGCGACCGCGGGCUACCUCGCGUCGGCCUGCGUCUUGUUGGCUCAGGUCCUCCUCGGCGGGAGCGAAAAAAGAACCGAGCGAAAGACGGAGGACGGAGAAAAGCAGGCCCAGUCCCGAAGAAUCCGAAGAACUGGCACGCCGGCGCCGGAAGAACGGCGACACCGGCCCAAAACCUCGGCAGCGUGCAGCAGACGUGGCGACCGCUAGGACGGCUUUACAAUGACCCCCCCCCACCCCCCUUCAAAUUGGAUUCAUACUAGAAAAGUGUUGCCCUGUCACUUGCACAAUAUCAGCAGGCCUGUGACAUUUUUUCCGUGUCUCAGUAUCACGUGGGAGGUGGGGGGGGGGCAGCAUCAUGUGACCUCUAACUUCAUUGUCAUUCCUAAAAUAGCCCAAAGUAGAAUGAAAUCAUAAGAUUGGGGGGGGGGGGGGGGCAAAACAUCCACGACAUCCUCGGCUCAAAAGGUGAUUUAUUUGUUUGUUUUGUUCCUUCCGUGUACACAAAAAGUCAAUCGAGGCCUCGCGUCCGAUUCCAAUUGGGCAAAAAAUUUCAAGUACAGUGCAUAACUACAAAGUGCUGCGGCGCUCAUAUUGGACACGCCAAAAACAUUGAUUUUAUACAACAUUCUCUCCAGUGUUUUGCUCAUAUCACAAAGGACGUUUGGAAAUGUAACAGGCAAAUAAGCCAGUGUCGAGAAUAAUAAUAAUAAUUGUCAUCAAAGCUCUACUUUUUCAUUCGAGCUGAGCAGCGUCUGCAAAUAUUUGGACGUUUUCUUAGAUUUUCUUGUCAAGUCAAAUGCAUUCAAAAUCAAGACUUGAUGUACUUCACACUUAUUAAAAUGGUUUUACCUAAAAAAAAAAAAAAAAAAAAAGUUUAAAAAAGCAGCAAAGCAGCGGCAGAAGCACAAUUUCGCGAAUGUUUUAAAUCUUGCUACAUGAAUGCUCAUUACACAGAAACUGUACAGGAGAUUAGAGUCAACCUCCACCCCCAAAAAAAUGUUUCAGAACAAAGAAAAAAAAUACACAAAAUAAUGUGUGCAUGUUUUCUGGCACCAAGUGGAACAUUGAAGUGGGGGUGGGUGGGUGGGUGGGGGGCGCGAAUCCAUGAUUCACAUGCGUUUGUUCGUUCACUUUGUCCAUACUGUCCUGUAUGUAAUUGACAAUUAUGAGAAAACUAAGUACUCCAUAUAAAUGAUUUUACGUUUUUAAAUACGGACUUGGUUGGAACCAGUGGGAUUCUUUGGGGGGGGGGGGGGGGCAUUGAACUCUCUGCAACACCAAAAGUGGCGCGUGGGCUCAAUUUGGACAUUCCAACGGUCGGCCGGGGAGUGCUGAACAUCGCGCAACACUUUUCACUUCCUUUUUCCCUUUUUUUUUUUUUUU